AUGGCGAAAGAGAACCUCCUGAUCCUAGGCGGAACUGGCUACAUUGGCUCGUACAUCCUUGAUCAAAUCGUCAAAGCAAAAGACUCCUUUGGAAACAUCGCUAUCUUCACAUCGCCACGGACUGCAGAGGCUAAGUCGGGACUACUGGAUAGCUUGCGUGCCAAAGGGGUGGGAGUUAUUGUUGGAGAUGUCAACAAACCAGAAGACUUAUUGAAGGCGUUUCAAGGCGUCGAUACUGUGAUCAGCGCAGUCGGUCGAGUUGCAAUUGGCGAUCAAGUCGGAUGGAUCAAACUCAUGGAGAAAGCACCUACAGUCAAGCGAUUCUUUCCCUCCGAAUAUGGAACUGAUAUCGAAUUCGGACCCGAGUCUGCGAAUGAGCCACCACAUCAGUUCAAGCUUAAGGUUCGUGCAGCGUUGAAGGAGACAUCUGGAUUGGACUACACAUAUGUCGUUACUGGGCCUUAUGCAGAUGUCGGAGGAUACCUUGGUGCAGCGACGAAUCAUCCUGAGAUUGGAUCAUACAAUGUCAAGGAGAAGAAAGCUGUUCUCAUUGGAGAUGGGAAAGGGCCGAUCAGUCUGACGACACCAAACGACGUGGGAAAGUUCGUCGUCAAAGCUCUUCUCCACCCAGAAGCAUCCCGGAACCGUGCUCUAAAAGUCAACUCUUUCACCACCACACCAGCCGACAUUGUCGCCGAGUUCGAGAGACAAACCGGAGAUAACUGGAGCGUGUCAUAUACGAGCCAUGAAAAGCUCAGAGAACUCGAGAAGGAAGCUCAUGCCAGCAAGAAUCCGUCGGCUACGGUAUAUACGCUGAAGAGAAUCUGGGCUGAGGGUGGGACGUUGUAUGAGAAGAGGGAUAAUGCUUUGAUUGAUGCGGAUGAUACGGAGACGUUUGAGGAAGCUAUAAAAGCUACUAUUGCGUCUCAGCUGGCUUCGUAG